CGCCCCUCCCGGUGCCGCCCCGGAGCGGAAGAAGGCGGCGAUCGGAGCCCCGACACCGGGGGGUGUCGUUCGUCCCCGUCCCCGCCCCGCACGCCUGGGUCCCACCCCCCUCCGCACACCGAGGGUCCCUCGGACGCCUGGACACACACCGCCCCCCACCCCCCCCCGCACACCGGGCUCCCCCCGCACGGUGCGGGCCCGAGGGGGUUAAAGCGGCGGCGUGACGCGGCCCCGCCGGCCCCGCCCCACGGGCGGCCCCGCAGGAGCUGUCAGCGGCACCGGCCCCGCCCCGGCCAUGGCAGGGCUGCUGCAGGCCUUGGUGGGCGCCUCGGAGAAGGCGGCGCACAUCGCCCGGCUGUGCCGGCGCGAGGAGCCCCUCUUCCAGCUGCUGGUGGCCGAGAAGACGGGGGCCGACAGGAACAGGAGGUUCCUGCAGGACUUCAAGACGCUGGCGGACGUCCUCAUCCAGGAGGUCAUCAAGCACGACCUGGGGAAGGAGUUCCCCGAGCUGCAGGGCCACAUCCACGGCGAGGAGUCCAACGAGUUCAGGAACGGGCAGGCAGGAGAGACGGUGACGGUGCGGGUCUGCGCCACGCCGGGGGACACCGCCGCCCUGCUGCUCUCCGUGCUGGAGCCCGAGCGGGCGGCCGCCGAGCUGCUGGCGGCCGCCGUGCACCGGGACGUGACGCUGGAGGACGCCGAGCUGGCCAGCGUGGCCCUCAGCGUGCCCCCCCAGGACCUGGCCAUCUGGAUAGACCCCAUCGACUCCACCAACGAGUACAUUGCGGGGCGCGAGGACGUGGCCCCCGUCGAUGGCAUCGCCCCGGCGGGGCUGUGCUCGGCGCUGGUGCUCAUCGGGGCCUACGACCGGCGCACGGGCUGCCCCGUGCUGGGCGUCAUCAACGAGCCCUUCUUCCGACGGGACCCCCUGACCCACAGGUGGCAGGGACGGUACCACUGGGGCGUCGCGUACGGAGAGACGCGGCUGUCCUCGCUCAGCCCCCCGCCGCCGUGCCCCGCGCCCUGCCUGGUGCUGAGCCGGGCGGAGGGGGCCGCGGUGCGGGAGGCCCUGGGCCCCCUCUGCAGUCACCGCCUGCGCUUCGCCGCCGGCGCCGGCUACAAGAUGCUCUGUGUCAUCCUGGGGCUGGCGGACGCCUACGUCCUCUCCCAGGGCAGCACCUUCGCCUGGGACGCCUGUGCCCCCCACGCCAUCCUGCGGGCCCUGGGCGGGGGCGCGGUGGCCUUGGCGGGGGCUCUGCGGGCGCGGCGGGAGGGUGACACCAGGGACCCCCCCGAGCUGGUCUACAACUGCCCGGUGGAGGGGGCGGCGGGGGCCGAGCGCUGGGCGAACCGGGGUGGCCUGGUGGCCUACGCGCACCCCCAGCACCUGGAGGCCGUGCUGGCCGCGCUGGCCACCGUGCCAGGGCUCUGAGCCCACGCUGGCUGGGACCCCGGGGUGCAGGGUAGGGGGUGGCUGGGGACAGGGUGGCCAGGACCUCAGGGUACAGGUUAUAGGGUGUUGGGGACCCCGGGGUGCAGGGUGUGGGGUGGCUGGGACCCCAAAGUGACAGUUAUAGGGUG